AUGGGUAGGCAUUCUUGCUGUUACAAGCAGAAGUUAAGAAAGGGGCUGUGGUCUCCAGAGGAAGAUGAGAAACUUAUAAACCACAUAACCAAGUAUGGACAUGGCUGCUGGAGUUCAGUCCCAAAACUUUCAGGGCUACAACGUUGCGGCAAGAGCUGCAGAUUGAGGUGGAUUAAUUACUUAAGGCCUGAUUUGAAAAGAGGGACUUUCUCAGAGGAUGAAGAAAAACUAAUAAUUGAACUUCAUGCAGUUCUUGGCAAUAGGUGGUCUCAAAUUGCUGCUCAGUUACCUGGAAGAACGGACAAUGAAGUAAAGAACCUCUGGAACUCAUCCAUCAAGAAAAAACUAAGGCUAAGAGGGAUUGAUCCUAUCACUCACAAACAUCUGACUGAGAUUGAAAAUGAACAGAAGGCAUCUGUAACCACCAAAAAUGAUGAGAAAAUGUUGAAAGGAUCCAGUGAUGAUCAGGGAAUUGCAGAAGAGAAUGCAGAGCCCUCUUCAGUUUCUAUAGACAAUUGCAAUAAUAUGGCAGCACCGACGCCUACCCACAAAUUUUCCCUAAACAGGUUUCUAAUUAGCAAUGAAAAUGUCACUGCCAGUUUCCAGCACCUAAAUUGUGGUCCCAAGACCGGGUCGUUGAUGAUCCCUGAUGGAAAUUUAGUCUUCGAUUCGAACUCCAAGUGUUCAGAGAUAGUACCGGAGUUCUGUUCUUCUAUGACAACUACUUUGCCUCCUUCCAUGAGCCUUCCAUUGGAUAAUUCCAUAGGCCUUCUCAGUGUCCACAAGGUUCAGAAAUGGGAUGCUUGCACAGUAAGCAACAGUGGCAGUGCUAGACUACCAAGUAACUGCAGCACCUUUGAGUACAAUGACUUUCCAUGGGAACCUGCAGAUUGUGGAAAAUAUGAGAAAGAAGCCAGUAUUCAAGAAACUAUCAGGCUGACAGAUUAUAACCAAGGUCCAUUUUUACAAGGAAAUACUGUUCAGCAUCAAAAUGAUCAAGACAUGUACAGGCAAAUGAAACCAGAAACUUCACUGAGUGCUAAUUGGCACCAGAACCAGCAGCCUCUGCCGGCUGAAGACUUAUAUAACAAGCAUUUUCAGAGAUUUCAAGUUUCUUUUGGAUAUAAAAUUCAAUAG